AAUUAGUCUAGAAAGUAAAAUAUUUGCGUAUAAAUAACUUUUCUUUACAAUCAAAAAAUGUUAAAAUAAAAUAAACAUAUAUAAUUAAGAUCAUUAAAAUAAAAUAAUGGAGCAAGUUUCAGAAAAUUGGAUAAAUCGUUCAUCAUUAAAUGAUUCAGAUAAUACUCAAGGUGAAAUAAUGGUGGGACUUGAAUCUUAUAAUCAAAUUGCCACAAAGUUACUGAGUGAAAAGUUAUUAUUAACAGCUUUAGAAUUACAUGCUGAGUUAUGCGAAGCUGGAAAAGAACUUCCAAUACUUCGUGAUUUCUUUUUUAAUACAAAUAAUUUUGAAAAUUGUUCUUAUAGGCCAGAUUCUUAUAUGUCAAUUGGAAAAUCAUCUAGUCAAGCCACUUUAGAUUCAUUAGAUAUGACUAGAUAUUCUGAAGUUGAUGGAGAAAUGAAUGAAAGAGUUGCUAUACUUGAAUUUGAACUAAGAAAAGCUAAAGCUAAUAUUUUGGCAUUAAGAACUAAUCUUACAGUUGUUACUAAAUCAGCAAGCACAUCACCACACAAAAAACUCGAAGAGGAUUCAUUUAAGAAACAACCUAUUAAACCACAUGAAGAAAGAGCUUUAAACUAUUUAGUCUAUGAGUAUUUAUUAAUGCAAUCUUAUAAACUUACAUCUAUUACUUUUAGUGAUGAAAAUGAAAAUCAAGAUUUUGAAGAUUGGGAGGACGUUGGUUUAAAUAUUCCAAAACCUCCUAAUUUGUUACAUAUUUAUAGAGAAUUUAUUAAUAAAAAUGAAAAUGAAAAAUUAAUAUUUUCAGAUGCUUCAACACAGGUUAAUUUUAAUUUUCAAUGUCAUGAUAAUAUCAAUAUCAUUGAGAAUGAUAAUUCUGAUAUUGCCGAAGAAAUAACAUAUUUUGAACGAAAUUUUGAUCAAAAGUCAGAAAAAAAUCAAAAUUUGAAUAAAUGUGUUAAUGAAGUUGAUAAAAAAGAUAUUUCAGAAUAUAUAUUUAGUGAAAAUAUUUCACAUUCAUUUAUUAAUUCAACAUCUGAUCCAGCCAAUGAGCUCGAAUCAUUUGACAAAGAAACAGGUACCUAUCAAGAAUCUAACGCAAGUGACUGCAUAUCAACAAUUAUAAGCUUUGAAGAUAUAAAUGAUAAUAAUAAAACUACUACACAGUCAUCAGAAGCUAUACCAGAUCUUUUUACAUCACUAAACCUGCCAUCUAGAUAUUUACCUGAAUACUUUAGGAAACAAAUACUAGGAUUUGUUUCUAAUAAUCUAUGUGACGUGGGAAUACCAGUAAUUGAUAAUUUAGCUGAUAUUUAUUUAACCCAAGAUAUUAUAAAUAUACUUAUUGAAAGUUUACUAGUUAUAACUCCGAACAUAGCCUCCAACAAAAAAUUUGAAAUAAUACCUUUGAUAUUGGCAACUAUUAAAUACUAUUCAACAAGUGUGAACUGUGAUAAAUUGGUCCAUUUAUUAUUUAACUUGAAAAAAAAGCCACGUCAAGCGGAAAGAAGAGUCUUAAUAAAAGCAUUAAUAUUUUCAAUACAAUUAGACAACAAACGAAUGUUAUUAGAAAAAAUAAUAACUCUCUGUUGGGAGCAAAGUCAGCAUCAGUAUCCUGAACGAAGAUUAUUAGCGGUCGAGUGUUGUUCAGCACUUGCACCUUAUGCUUCGAAUGAAAUUAGAAAUUCAUUAAUUACAUCUAUGCUUCAACAAAUUCUGCUUGAAGAUAAAGAAUCAGCUGUUCGAGCAAAAGUUGUUCAUAGCUUAUCAUUGCUCAUCAUGUUAACUGAUGAUACUGAUAAAUAUUUUCAGUUUGAAGAAUUAACAUUUACAGCACUAGAAGAUGAGUCACCGAAGGUUUUCCAAAUUGGUUUAUCAAUAUUAUUGCCUACUCUUGCUCAAUGGGCAUUAUAUUUAAAACGAUUUUUAUCACAUCUAAUGAUACGUUUAUUAUCAAGAUUAAAAGACCAAUUAAUAAAAAUGGAUAAAUUUGAUAUCAAAUAUUCUCCAAAUAAAGACAUUCGAAGCAUUGAAAAUAUUAUAAAACUAAUUGAUGCUUUAAAUAUUUUAAUACCUUAUACAAUUGUUUGUGUAGUCGAUAAUCCUACCAUUAAAAAUGCUUUACAAAGUGAAACUUCAUCAGAAUUACCAAAUAAAAUAUUAUCUUUAUGUAAGUUAACUAUUACAAAUCCAUUAAUUUUUUCUGAAUACCCAGAAGAUACGGGAAAGCUUAUCAAUACAUUUUUAAUAAAUUCUUGGGAUGAGAAAAUAUGGCCAGAACUUGAAUGGUUUAUGAAAAAAUUCAUUCCAGAGAUUUUGGAAAUGAUUAAAUUGAUUGACGUUAGUCAAGAAAAAAUUUUAACCAACUUUUUAAUAUAUUUUGAAUUAGUAUGUAAGGGUUUUAGUAGCAUCACUGUACAAUCUUAUUUAAAAAAUAUAUUUCAUGAAGAAUUAUUGAUAUUGGAGAGAAAAAUAACGUCCAAUAGAGAAUCUUCUAGUAAAAUGUCACUUAUACCAGCUCAUAUAUUAGUUUUGUCUACCUCAAACACUAAUGAAUUAUUACAAUUGUUAAAACAUCUCAACAACAUGUUGGCAAACAAUUCAGUCGAUAUAACAGGCUUAUUGAUAGGUAUCAAAAUAUUAUGUAAACAAUCUGAAUUAAUGGAAAAAAUUAUCAAUGUAUUUUUCGAUGAUUUAUUGGAACAACCAUCUGUCGUAAAAAGUAAAACGCUGAAAAUUUUCAGUCGUAUAAUUUUUGGCAUUAAUGAAAAUCUCGUUGUUACAAAAAUCAUACCAAUAAUUAUGAAACUCAUCAAUGAUCCUGAUGUACAAGUACAAGUAAUGGUCAUUGAAAUUCUUGGUAAAAUUAUUACUGGUUUUAAAAUUGAAGAAAUGAAAAAUAAAAGUCAAAUUGCAUUGGAAAACAUUUUGAAAAAUUAUAAUGACAUUCCACAAGAAUUAACAAUUCCGAUUAUAACAAUUUUAGCUAACAUUGCACCGUAUUGUCCUCAAGAUUAUGUAGAGAAUGUUAUUUUAAUAAAUUUAAAAAAAAUAACAAUAUUAACUUUACAACACCAUGUUAAGAUCGAUAUUAUUAUAGCUUUGAUAAAUGCAUUUUCAAAUUUAAUUUAUUGUUCUUUAAGUGAAGAAUGUAUUAUUGGGAAUUUGUUAUUUAGUUUGAAACAGUUAGAUGUUAUUGUUUCUCAACAAUUCCUUCAACAAAAGGAUAAUGUUAAAUUAUUGAUUCAACAAAUUGAAAUGCGUAAUAAUUCAGUAGAAUUGAAGCAAAGAUCAUUACCAACUUCCUCUUCAUCUUCGCCAUUAACAUUGAUAGGUACAGGUCAAGGUGUAGAAGAUAUGAAAAAUAAAAUGUCUAAAUUAUUUGCUUCUAAACCUAAUUCGCCAAUUAUAUCACAUAUAUUUCGUAAAAAAUAAAAAAUAUGCUUUUUUCAAAAA